GGGGCUCAUCUGCCCUCCAAAAAUUGUGUUGCAUUGCCGUCGGUUAUAUGAACACUACCCUACUCUAGUCUCUUGUCUUGUGUUGCAAAAUUAGUACCAAGAAAGAAGAUGCGGGGUUUGAGGAGCUCAAGCAGCCUACUAGUGGCGGCAGCAGCACUGCUGCUCUUCUGCUGCUGCUUCACCAUUGGGGACGCCAAUGGCGGCCUUAGGCUGGGUUACUACUCGGCGAGCUGCCCGCGCGCGGAGGACGUCGUCAGGGAGCAGGUGGCGCAGCUGUACGACAAGCACGGCAACACGGCGGUGUCGUGGCUGCGCGCCCUGUUCCACGACUGCAUGGUCGGGUCCUGCGACGCGUCGCUGCUGCUGGACACGAGCGCCGCCGCGGGCGUCUCCGAGAAGUCCGCCCCGCGGAGCUUCGGCAUGCGCAACUUCAAGUACGUCGACGCCAUCAAGGCGGCGCUGGAGCGGGAGUGCCCCGGCACCGUCUCCUGCGCCGACGUGCUUGCCCUCGCCGCGCGGGACGGCGCCGCCGCGCUGGGCGGGCCGCGCGUCGCCAUGCGCACGGGCCGGCUGGACAGCCGGGUGAGCCGCUACGACGAGGUGGGGCGCGACCUCCCCAACCACAACGACAGCGUGUCGGCGGUGCUGUCCCGGUUCGCGGCCGUGGGCGUGGACGCCGAGGGCGCGGUGGCGCUGCUGGGCGCGCACUCCGUCGGCCGCGUGCACUGCUUCAACCUGGUGGGGCGGCUGUACCCGUCGGUGGACGCCGGCAUAGACCCGGCCUACGGCGCCUACCUCCGGGGGCGGUGCCCGACGGCGGACGCCAGGGAGGACACGCGCGACGUCGCGUACGCGCGCAACGACCGCGCCACGCCCAUGGUGCUCGACAACAUGUACUACAAGAACCUGCUGGCGCGCAAGGGCCUCCUCCUCGUCGACCAGCGGCUGGCCGACGACCCCCGCACCGCGCCCUUCGUCGCCAGGAUGGCCGCCGACAACACCUACUUCCACGACCGCUUCGCCGCUGCGCUCCUCACCAUGUCGGAGAACAACCCGCUCGCCGCCGACGAGGGGGAGGUCAGGCGCGACUGCAGGUUCGUCAACUCGGCAUGAUGAUCGAAGACGACUGCAGGUCCGCUAGCUGCCUAGCUAGCUAUAUAUUCGAUCAGGACUUGCCGUGUUCCAUAUGGUGUAUGGUCUGGGCGAAAAUUCUAUCUAGCUAUAUAUGCAGUACUACGCGUUAUCUUUACCAUUAUCUUUAUCUAUAUUAUCUAUUUUUAAAGUGAGUAAGUUUCCACCU